AUGCGGGCCGCAGCCGUUCUCUUACACGCGAGCGUCGCCUUGGCGGCGCUGCAAGUUGAUCUAGAUUCUCCAGCUUCGAUCAAAAAGGCAGCGAAACUGGUGGCCUCCGACCUCAUGACCUACUACCACGGGAACGAGUCCGGACAUACGCCGGGGAUCCUACCGGGGCCGCCGCCGGCCGGAGACUACUACUGGUGGCAGGCAGGCGCAAUGUGGGGAACCCUGGUCGAUUACUGGCACUACACGGGCGACAAGACGUACAAUGACCUGACCGAAUCCUCGCUGGUGUUCCAGGCAGGUGCGCCGCAGAACUGCUACAUGCCACCGAACUGGACCGCAUCGCUGGGCAACGACGACCAGGGAUUCUGGGGCAUGUCGGCCAUGCUGGCGGCUGAGACCAACUUCCAGAACCCACCAGCCGACCAGCCGCAGUGGCUGGCCCUCGCCCAGGCCGUCUUCAACACACAGGCGGCGCCGGACCGGCACGACGACACCUGCGGGGGAGGGCUGCGGUGGCAGAUCCCGCCGACCAACAACGGUUACAAUUACAAGAACACCAUCGCCAACGGCAUCCUCUUCAACAUGGGCGCCCGGCUGGCCCGCUACACUGGCAACAGCUCGUACGCCGACUGGUCUAUCAAGACGUGGAACUGGCUGGAGGGGGUCGGCUUCAUUGAUGCCAAGUACAACAUCUACGACGGGGCGGACAUUGGAACGAACUGCACCAACAUACAGAAGCCUCAGUUCACCUACAACGCUGCCGUGAUGAUGCAAGGUGCCGCCUUUAUGUACAACUUUACCAACGGCUCGUCGCUCUGGGAGACGCGCCUCGAGGGCCUCGUCAACCGGUCGAUCGAGGCCUUCUUCUCGUCGCCGUCGGGCGCGGCGGUCGAGAUCGCGUGCGAGCAAAAGACCAAGAUCUCGUGCACGACGGACAUGCUCUCGUUCAAGGGCUACCUGCACCGGUGGAUGGCGAGCACGGCGCAGGUGGCGCCCUUUACGCACGGCACCAUCAUGCCGGUGCUGCGCAAGUCGACGGCCGCGGCCGUCAAGGCGUGCUCGGGCGGGCCCAACGGGCGGGCCUGCGGCUUCAGGUGGACCACGGGCGCGUACGACGGGCUCACGGGCGCGGGCCAGCAGAUGAACGUGCUCGCCGCGCUGUCGUCGCUGCUGCUGGAUGAGCCGAGCAUCGUGGCGCCGCUGACGAAUGGGACGGGCGGGACGAGUAGGGGGGACCCCGGGGCGGGGGGGGAUCCGUUUGUGGAUACGUCGUUUGCGCCUAUCACCACGGGGGAUCGGGCGGGGGCGAGUAUCCUUACCGUCGUGGUGGCGGGGACGUUGAUCGCUAUGGUGGCGUGGAUGUCGACGUCUGUCUCGGAGGCGUCAGUUGCGGGGGCGGGGGGGCUGAAGAAAGGGGGGAUGUUUGGCGGGAAGUGGUGAUUGAUAUUGAUGUAAUGCGGGGGCUUGGAUUGUGGCUCUUCUUCUUUGUCGUUUCUUUCUGGGACUCUGGUCGGGUUGGUUGGGUAUAUAGGUGUGGCGUUUUGUUCUCUUCUUUUCGUUCCUGUUCGAGGGGCUUGUUGGAUAUCUCUGCCAAGGGGAACAUGUCGUCGAUGAGGUCUGGGGAUUUCAUGAAAAGACGCGAGCAGCUGGAGGUAAACUUGUCGGUUAGAUGCUGCUCGGGGUCGAUCUUUUCAAUUGUGGGCUAGAUGGAUUUCAGCAUACGUUGCAAAGGACCAGCAUAGGUAUCAAUCCAGGCUUGUGGCUUUCCUCUUGUCUCCUCGGGUUGCGAAAUUAAGACACUCUGUUUCAGUAUGUCGUUGCUUGCUUCCUCGCAAGAGAAUCAACUGCUCUUCUCUUCUUGGCCUGAAGCGCAAAUGGGCGCAACAUUCCCG